UGUCACAUAACCCCACAAAAAACUAAUCAAACUCAAAUCAAAUAUUUCAGGUCCCCAAAACAGUGAUAAUGGCCCAACACUCCUUCGAAGGUGAGGAAAUCGAGUUCGACUGGAUCCAGCUCCAGAAAGACAUUCGGGGCGGCGAGGAGACCCGCAAGGAGAAAUUAAUUCGCAAAAUUAAGGAAAACCCAAUGAUACCAAUAGGUUGUUUGGCCACGACUUGCGCUCUAUGUUACGGGUUGUGGAGUUUCAGGACCGGGAACAGGAAGAUGUCGCAGUACAUGAUGCGGACCCGAAUCGUGGCCCAAGGGUUCACCGUUGUGGCCCUAAUUGCCGGAAUUGGCAUGGGGGCCUCCAAAAUCGAGCGGCCGAAGAAGUAAUACGUGGGGGGCUUUGGCCAUGUAUAUGAGUGAUAUUUAUUUAGUUGUGUAUUUAAUAGAUAAUAAAAUGCAAAAAUAAAGUCUAUAUUUAUGUAA